UCUGUGUGAACUGUAUAUUACUGAUAUACAUCGCAUCCCCAAAUAUCAAUUCCAUUCACCCAAAAAAUCUUCACAGUUCCUUCCUAUUAUAAUCAAUUCUCCUCAUCAUCGAUCCUAUACUCCCUCUACGAACCUCAAUUCUUCGAUAUCCGAUAUGGGUCCGAUCGUCUUAACUCAGAUCGCGACUGGUCUCUCCGUAUUGGCCGGAGCCGCUUUGUUGAAAUCGGUAAUGGAUCAAAACCCGAUGAUGGGUCCGGGUUCAGGUGAGUUCCCAAGGUGUUCACGUUGCAAUGGAACGGGUCGGGUUACUUGUCUUUGUAAUCGGUGGUCCGACGGGGACCGUGGGUGCCGGACUUGUGCUGGUUCAGGUCGGAUGAUGUGUAGUAGCUGUGGUGGUUCUGGUACUGGUCGCCCGCUUCCCGUUCGGAUCUCGGUUCGUCCUCCAAAUCAACCGUAUUAACCCGGUAAACCUAUUUGGGUUUCUGUAAUUGUAAUAUCUUGAGUAAAUUCUUAGUUCUUUUGAAUGAUGGAAACGAAAUUCAGAUGUAAAAUACUCUUCUAUUCAUUCAAUUACACUCUCUAAUUACGUAUAUAUAAUCAUGUAUUAUAAGUUGAUUUGAGUGGCGAUUGAGAUGUUUGUGAUCACA